AUGUCCAAUACGUUCUCGCUGAUCAUGGGAAUGUCCGUUGCUGCACACCUAUCAUCGUCACUGAUGUUGGUAGACCUGAGCGGACACGCCCUGCCAGGUGAGGCGGCACCUGCUGUCCGGGGCGAGCGUGGUGCUGGACCGCUGCAACAUGAGCGUGGAGCAGCGCGCCGAGUUCCUCCCUCUCACGCUAUUUCUACCUUCCCCCCUUGUCCCCUUGUCUCGCGCUCUCUGUUCUCGCAGGUGAGGCGGCACCUGCUGUCCGGGGCGAGCGUGGUGCUGGACCGUUGCAACAUGAGCGUGGAGCAGCGCGCCGAGUUCCUCGCGCUCGCGCGCAACUGCAACGUGCAGUCGCACGUGCUCGUGUUUGAGCUCCCCGUGGCGCUCGUCGUGCAGCGCGCGGUCAACCGAGUCAACCACGAGGGCGGCGUGCAGGGCCCCCGGGCUGCGAGCAUCAUACGGCAUCAGAUGAAGAUGCGCGAGCCCCCUGCAGCGGUGGAGGGCUUUCAGCGCGUCACCGUGUGCCGCACCGACGCCCACGUGGACCAGGCGCUCUCCUUCUACCGCGCCCUCCGCCCCUCCGCUUUUGCCGCUGCCAGUGGUGGCGGUGGUGCUGAGGGUCCUGGCGUAGUGGGGCUCCAAAGGGCGGGAGGAGGAAGCCUGGAGGUGCAAGCAAUGCAGCAGAGGCACGGGGGAGAGGAGCUAGACGCGCGGGUACGGGAGAUGCAGCUGGGGCACUGGAGAGAGGGGGAAGAUGCGCAAGCGCAGGGACAGGGAGAAGAGGGAGCAGAGGGAGCGAGGCAGGGAGGAACCCAGGAGCGACCAGCCGCGUUGGGAACGAGGGGGCGAGGGGAGAGGCAGGGGGAGGGGGAGGGGGAUGUGGAGGGGGGUGGGGAAGGGGGGAAGAAUGUGGCGGAGAGAGGGGGAGAGAGAGGAUGGUAUGGGGACGGGAAGGGGAGGAAUUUAGUGUGGAGGGGUGAGAAGAAGUGGGAUGGGGAGGGAAAUGGGAGGGCGGUAGAGAGAAGGGGAGAAAGGGAGGGCGAUGGGGAUAGGGAGAGACGGGCGAAAGAGGGAGCAGGAGGGGAGGGAGAGCAGCAAAAAGUACUGAGAAACCGAGAAGAAGAGGAGGAGAAGCAAGUUCGAACCAUGUCGUUUGGUCGUAGUCAAGGCAUCGUGAAUGGGCGGGGAGAGGCCCUCGUGGAUGCGCAGGGGGAAAGGCUCGUGGAUGGGCGGGGGGAUGGUUGCGUGGAUGGGCGGGGGAAGGGCCGAGGAGAGGUGGGUGAAUGGCGACAUGUGCAGGCACAUGGGAACCUGGAGAGCUCGUUUGGGCUGAGGCAAGACGGGUGUGAGCAGAUUGCUGCUGCCGCUAAUGAAGGGGCCGAGAAGAACGAGGGUCGACAAAGAGGAGGGGAGGGGGGAGGCAAGGGCGACGAGCACGAUCAGCAGAGGGAGGAGCGCAGAGAUCACCGAAAGGUGGAUGGAAACAAGGGAGAGGAGCAGGACGAUGAGAUAGACGAGGAGGAGCAGCAGCAGCCACCGCAGCCACCGCCACAGCAGCAGCAACAGCAAGCGCAGCAGCGGGAGGCAGCAGGACGGUGGGUGCUGGCGUUUCCGUCCAUCUCAACGGCUGACUUCAAGUUUGACAGGGAGAGGGCGGCUGCAGUGGUGCUUGACUGCGUCACUGAGUUCCUCUGGCGCAACGGGGGCAGCAGCCACGGCAGCACCACUGCCAGGAGUGCGGGCGAGGGCAGGAUGAGGUCGGAUGGCGGCAUUGAAUGCCACGUCAUCGCAAACUCGGCCAACUGCCGUCUGUUACCGGGUGGGGGUGGAGUGAAUGCAGCCAUCCACAGUGCUGCCGGCCCCAGCCUCAUUGAGGCUACACGGCGGAAAGCCCGUGAGGGGGUAAGGCACGUGGUGCACGUGGUGGGACCCAAUAUGAAUCCUCGUCGCCCGAACUGUCUGGAUGGUGACUAUAACGAGGGCGAGAGGCUGCUCAGGUCCGCGUAUGGGGCGCUCUUUAGAGAGUUCCGCCUGCUGGCCAAGGGGGGAGAGGAGGGGCGCGCGGAGAGGGCGGAUGGAGGGGAGGAGGGAGUGGGGAAAGUGAGGGCGAGGGAGCAGGGUGGAGAUGGGGAGAGAGGGAUGGAAGGGGGAGUGGAAGGGCGAGGAGGUUGGGGGGUUGUGGGGGAAGGUCGGGUUGGGAAAGAGGUAUUGGUUGCAGCUGAGGGUGGGAUGAGGGGAGAAGGGAGGAGGUGGGUGGAGGAGGCACGUGAUGGGCUUGCAGGGACGAAGGUAAGAGAGUCUGUGGGAGGAGAGAGGGGAAGGGAGGAGAGAGACAAUGGUGGGUCGUGGGAGGAUGGGGUAGGUGGCGGAGUGGGGAUGAGGAGAAGAGAUGGAGGUGCUGGGGGUGAUUCUGGAAAGGGGAAGAGGAAAGCUCGUGAGGGUGAGGGUGAGAGGGACGAGGUCGACGAGAGGAGAGCAGUGGGAGCGGGGAGUAAGAGAAGGGACGAGGAGGGGGGAGGUGAGAGGGAGGGCGAGGGGAUUAGGGAGCUUGAAGGGAAAGAGAUGGAUGAUGAGAAGCGAGGGGGGCAAGGGCUUGGAGGAGAAAGGAGAACGGGAGGACGGGAGAAUCUGGGAGGGGAAGCGAGGGAGCAGCAGCACCAGCAGCAACAGCAGCAGCAAGGCAGGGAGGAUUCAGGCGUGGGGAAGGCCAGAGCUGAUUCCACGUCAGCGGGAGGCGAGAGAGGGUUUUGGUCGCGAGGCGACAGUUCAGCAGCUGCUGCGGCGGCUGCUGUGGCGACAGGUGCUACGAGUGAAGGCUGGGGAGCUGGUGGGUCGUACGGUAGAGGGAGUAUGAGGAGGGAAGGGCGUAGUGAUGGUGUAGAGAGGGAAGCGAGGCGAAGGGAAGGUGAUGGUGGUGAGUUGGGAGUUCGAAGGGGUGCUGAGGAGUUGACUGGGCGAGAAAUGGGGGCGAUGCGUGAGAUGGGGAUGGAUGAGAGGGUUGAUGAUGCUGCCGAUGCUUAUGGGGGAGAGGAGGCAGAGGGAGGUGUUCAUCUUAUGGGCAGAGAGGAUAUGGCAUCACUUGUGGCACCAGCAGCAGCAGCGGAAGAUGUUCCAAGUGCUGCUGAUUCCCCUCCAGCGGCUCAGGUGCCCUCUGUGGACCCCCAGGUGGUCACAACAGAGCGCCAGGUGCCACUAGCAGAUGCUCAGGCUGGGGCGGGCAGGGAGAUUGAGACAGCAGCAUUUUUGCGCCCACCCUCCGCACCAGCUCCUCCCCGCCCUCCCCUUCCCCGUGGUCCUGGAGAGGUGGACCGGACGGGCAGCGCAGGCCGGCAGACAGCAGGAGAGGCGCGGUUGGGCUCUGUGGGGGGGGCAGGGGAACAGGCGAUGGGGGGUUGGGUGGUCCGGGGAAGGGCAGCAUUCCGACCGAAUCUUGAUAGAGUGGCGGAGGAAGAGGGACGAGAGGUGGGGAGAGAAGAGAGGCGAGAAGGGAGGAUUGGGAAGGGCGGAGAUGGGGGGGAUGGGGGAGGGAUGCUUCUCCAGCGAAGGGGGUUGGAGCAGGGGGGAGGUGGGGGGGAAGGUGGGGAGGGUGUUGGAGGGACAGAGAGAGUGGGGGGUGGUGAGGGGGUGAGGGGAGAGAGGGGCACUGGAGGCGGGAUGCAGUGGUGGAGGAGGAGUGAGGGGAGGGGGGUGAGAGGGGGUGAGGCGGGAGGAGAAGAAAGAGGAAAUGCCGGUGGUGGAGGAGGGGAAGAAAGGGGAGGGGGAGGGGGAGGGGGAGGGGGAGCAGAAGGAGGGGGUGUUGGUGGGGGUGGGGGGGGUGGGGUCGGUGGUGGUGACGGUGGAGUGGGGGGGGCAGGGGGGGGAGGAAGGGCAGGUGACAUGCAAGGGGGAGGGGGGAGCGCAGGAGGAGCAGGGAGCGGAGGAGGGGGAGGAGGCGGGGGAGGGGGAGGCGGCAAACGCAAGGAGGGGCAUGGUGGGGCGGAAGGUUCCUGGAAGCACGCGCUGAGGGACAUUGCAAUGCGGCCUGAGAGGCACGGCGAUGUGGUGCUGUUUGCUGAUGCCUCUGUGGUGGUCAUCCGCGAUAAGUACCCCAAGGCCCGACACCAUCUGCUGGUGAUCGCACGAACGGACGGUGUGGAUCGCAUCAUCGAUGCCACAGCAGCAGAUCUGCCUCUGCUGCGCCACAUGCUGGCAGCGGGGCAGCUCUGGGCGGCACACUCCAUCUCACCCUCCUCCUCCUCCAACCCCACUCUUGGAUCCGGCAAUGCGCCCAACCCCACUGCUGCCUCUCGCGCUGCACCACAACAAGAGAACUUGCCACAGAAGCCACCUGAAAAAUCACCUGAUGCUGUGCUUCCAGGGGUGUCAGGUGCUGCUUCAGGUGAUCGGCCAGGGGAAGGCCCAGGCAGUGAAGGCGAGCUUGCGAGGGAGAAGGAUGUGGCUUGGAAGGGAGGGCACGGUGUGCCGUCCAUGCGUCAGCUGCAUCUGCACGCCAUAAGCCAGGAUCUGGACUCGCCCCACCUGAAGCACAAGAAGCAUUGGAACUCCUUCGCCUCUCCCUUCUUCCGGGAUGCCCUUCAGGUGAUUUCCCAAAUAGAGCAGCACGGCCAUGUGCUGCCGGCUCUGCCGUCCACCCACAUCUCCUCAUCUGUAGCCGGACAGAAUCUCUUUCCAGGCUCGGGUGAAACCUCCCCCAGGGCUCCCGCCGUUGCUCCAGAGGCAGGAGGGGGGAAACGGAGUGGUGAAGCUGUAGCAGGGGGUGCAGCCAUAGCAGCAGCUGAGGCAUUGGGUGGGCUGGCCAUAGCAGGUGAUAGAGAGGGUAAGAGUGGAGAGAGGAUCGUGGGUGUGGAAUCUCAAACAGCUGUAGCUGGUGGUGCUGUAGCAGGUAGUGAUGUUGCAGCACGAACACGGUCAAGAUUGGGUGCUUCCGAUGAGCUUGUAGGAGCCUUGGAGAAAGAGGCGCGGCAUCUGCUUCGGCACGAGCUUCGGUGCCACCGGUGCCGCAGCGUGCAACCGAACCUUCCGAGGCUGAAGACGCAUAUCCGCACCUGUUCUGCGCCCAUGCCAGGUUCCCAAGUUGGUCUGGAUAGCAGUGGUGGUGAUGUGGCUGGUGGUAGCAGUGGAGGUGGAGGGGGGUCAGAUACUAGAGACUAG